GACUGUGACAGAGAAGCAGGAUGGUUAUUGUGGGGAAGACCAGCGCCAUAGCCGCCGGGGUGUGCGGCGCCCUGUUCCUAGGUUACUGCUAUUAUUUUGAUAAGAAAAGGAAUGACCCCAACUUCGAGAAAAGGCUGCGAGAAAAGAGGAGAAAACAGAAACUUGCUAAGGAGAGGUCUGGUCAGUCAAGGCUACCUGAUCUUAAAGAUGCUGAGGCGGUCCAAAAGUUUUUCCUUGAAGAAAUUCAGCUUGGGGAGGAGCUGCUAGCACACGGUGAAUUUGAAAAAGAUGUUGAUCACUUAACAAAUGCCAUUGCUGUUUGUGGACAACCUCAACAGCUCCUACAAGUUUUACAGCAAACUCUUCCACCACAAGUUUUUCAGAUUCUCUUGACGAAACUACCAACCAUUAGCCAGAGGAUUGGAAGUUCUCAGAGUUUAACUGAAGAUGAUGUGGAAUUAGAUGGUAGUUGAUACUUCGGUGCAGUAUUUAGCAGGAUCGACUAAUGCAAACCUUGUUAUUGAAU